AUGACGUACUCAAAGAAGACAGUCGAGGAAUCAGUCACUUUCAAAAUUGGGGAUCCACACCGCACACCACGAUUGCCUUCUCAUUCACGCCAUGCACCACAAUCGCCUUCUCAUUCACGCCAUGCACCACAAUCGCCUUCUCAUUCACGCCAUGCACCACGAUCACCCUCUCCAACACACUCCAUGCUGUCAUGUACUUGUUCGGAUGUACCAGAGCCAAAGCAUCAUGAUCGCCGAUCAGCUGCAGAGUCGGAUACUGCACAAUUCAGUACCACUCAACAAGCGACUGUAGCCUCGUGCACACCCCAUCCUGAUGAGCUGUAUCUGCCUGCUGGCACUCAAGUUCAAGGAUACUAUGUGGUAACUGUUGGUCAGGAAGUCGGUAUUUUUUUCGCUGUACGCAUUGAUGGAAUCAGUGGCGCAUCUCACACCAGAUAUGAUCAUUGGGCUGACAUGUUGGAGUUGUACAUGAGCCACUACAAUACGGGACUGCUCCAUGCAGUUCCCACUGUUGGAGGAUCGUUCUGGCCAGUUGGAAUCAUACACCCUACUCCACCUCCUAGUCCGACCACUACAACCUCAUCUACCAACUCCGAGGAUCUUUGGUCUUAUCUUGAAGACUUAUCUGAGCACAUGAGUCAGGUUUAA